CUCACCUCCGGCACCAAAGCUGCCCCGGAGCCGCUUCACCCGCGCUGGGCUCGGCCCCGCUCGGCGGAGGGAGACGGGGGCGGCCGCGGUGCUCGCGGUGCACGGCGGGAGCCGUAGUCCCUCCGCGCCGCCAUUUCGCCGGCAGCGUGCGGGCCGCGCCGACCCCGCGCCAUGGAGAGCGGCUUCGGCUCCGACUUCGGCUCCGACUUCAGCUCCGGGGCUGGCGGCGGGGGGGGGAAGCUGGACCCGGGGCUCAUCAUGGAGCAGGUGAAGGUGCAAAUCGCCGUGGCCAACGCUCAGGAGCUCUUGCAGCGCAUGACGGACAAGUGCUUUCGGAAGUGCAUCGGGAAGCCCGGCGGGGCCCUGGACAAUUCGGAGCAGAAGUGCAUCGCCAUGUGCAUGGACCGGUACAUGGACGCCUGGAACACGGUUUCCCGAGCCUACAACUCUCGGCUGCAGCGGGAGAGAGCCAACAUGUGAGGAGCCGCCGCUCCCGCAGCAGGGAAGGACCAUGAGGGCUCAGGACCA